AUGAAAACAGUCAUAGGUCGUAUUGUUACAGCAAAUCCAUUUGAGGGUGAGCGUUAUUUUAUGCGAAUAUUGCUAAACCAUGUAAGGGGACCGCUGUCCUUUGAAGAUCUUAGAACAGUCGAGGGCAUUUUGGCCCCCACAUUUUGUGAGGCAGCAACAAUGCAUGGUUUGUUACAAAGAGACAGUAGCUUAGAAGACUGUUUACAUGAGGCAUCUUUAUAUCAAAUGUCAUCUAGUUUGAGGCGACUGUUCGCAACAAUAUUGGUAUAUUGUAAUCCAACCAAUCCAAGAGACCUUUGGGAACGUUUUGAGGAAGAUAUGUCAAUUGAUUUCAAAUCUUCAGAAGAUUCUACAUCGACUGCAAGAUAUCAUGUAUUAAGGUCAAUUUCUUCUACAAUUGAAUCAAUGGGGAAAAACAUUAACUCUUACCAUCUUCUUGAUGAAGACAUUUCUUUCGAUGGAAAUGAAUUUCAAUCUAGAGAAAUCAAUGAUGAGUUGGGUGUUGAAAUUUUAGAAGAAGAUAUUACAUCUUCAAGAUCACUUAAUAGCGUGCAACAACAAGUGUAUAAUGUAGUGUUGGAAAAAGUUUUAUCAAACCAAAAUGCUGCAUUCUUUGUAGAUGGCCCAGGUGGGAUAGGGAAAACAUUCCUAUACAGGGUACUUCUGAAAACAGUACGAUCAAGAAACUUGGUAGCACUUGCAACUGCUUCAUCAGGUGUGGCUACAUCUAUACUUCCAGGAGGUCGAACAGCUCACUCACGCUUUAAGCUUCCACUUGAUACUGACGAAAAGACCACAUGUUGUGUGAGCAAACAAAGUGCACUUGCGAACCUUCUUCAUGCAGCAAAAUUAAUAAUAUGGGAUGAGACAUCAAUGACAAGAAAACAACACAUAGAGGCAUUAAACAAAAUGCUACAAGAUAUCAAUGAUUCUGACGUAGCCUUCGGUGGAAAGGUUGUUGUUUUCGGGGGAGAUUUUCAACAAGUAUUACCUGUGGUUCGUAAAGGAACUAGACAAGAGCAGGUUAAUUCCAGUCUGGUUCAUUCUUACUUGUGGCCUACAUUGAGUAAGUUUCGACUAACUGAAAAUAUGCGAGCAAGAUUAGAUCCAAUGUUUUCAAAUUAUGUGUUAGCAGUAGGUAAUGGAUUGCCACCCACCACCAAAGAUGAAAUCAUAAAAAUACCAAAUGGGAUGCUUGUUUCCUAUGAUGAUGACAAGACUUCAUUAGAUCACUUAAUACAAGAUGUUUUCCACAACAUUAAAGAUUAUUCAGGAAAUAUGUCAACUAUGAUGAACCGGGCCAUACUAACACCAAAGAAUAGUUUUGUCGAUGAAAUAAAUGCAUUGUUAAUACAAAGAUUUCCAGGUGAAGCCCAACGAUAUUACAGUGUAGAUGAGACAAUAGAUAAAACUGAGCAAUCAGUUAUGGAAGAUUUCUUAAACACAUUAACGCCUAAUGGACUUCCGCCUCAUGAAUUAUUACUAAAGGAACAUUGUCCCAUCAUGCUCCUAAGAAACAUUAAUCCUUCAGAGGGACUAUGCAAUGGAACCCGUUUGAUUUGUCGGGCUUUCGAUCGAAAUAUCAUAGAUGCUGAAAUUGUCGUUGGACAUCAUAUGGGAAAAAGAGUCUUCAUUCCAAGAAUACCAUUCUUACCAAAUGUGGCUGAUAAUAGUGAUUUCUUAGCUGUUGCAAUCCAGAUUGAAUCAACAAAAGAGAUAACCACAAAAUUUCAACAACAAACAAUCCAAGAGAUAUAUCUUAUCGAUGAAAGGGCGAAUAAUAAUACACUGAAAAUCAAAAGUAUCAUUGAAACAUCGUUGACACAUCCAUCUACUACUCUAUCAUCUAUUGGACUUCAAAAAACUGUGAAGAUUUGUGAUAUUCCCUGUGCAAUGAAAACAUUGCAAUCUAUGGAGAAAAAAUACUUUUGGAUAGAAGCAAAGAUAAAUAUAAUUGAUUCUGUCCAAAUUGCUAGGGCAUAUGUGCAACUAAAAGAUGAUACUGGAAAGCUCGAUGUUGUUAUGUUCGGAGAAGUAGUAGAAGAGACAUUUGGUAGUUCUGCAGUCCAGUUGAUGGAAAAUUCUACACAGGAAAUUCCUCAACACAUUGAAAGCGUUGCAAAUAAAUUAGCAACAAAAAAAUGGACAAUCAAAUUGUCUGGAGAUGAAGAAAAAAUGAAUUAUGUGAAAUACAAGCAUUUCAUUAUUCUCUCAAUUGAAGCCAAACAAGAUAACAACAAGGAUGAAUCAUCAUCCUAA